AUGGCAAAACAAGCAUCCCUGGAACACCCAUAUCCUUCCAGCGCAGAUUCCCAGUUUCACCUCCCAGCACAGUUCCUUCCUCGCUCGCUUCAGUCAGCUCCUGGAAGAGUCACACUGGAAAUACCCUUUAACAGCAGCAUGUGGUUGAAAGGACCACCUGUGCGUGCAAAGCCGCUCGGCAUCAAGCGCGCCAAGGCAGGCCGCGUCGCCUGGGCGAUGGAACAUUUCAGAGCACCCUCAACUCCGACUAAGCAGGUUUGUAAGCGAAUGGACUUGGUUUGCCAGCGAAUGUUAAAUCAGGGAUUUCUGAAAGUGGAAAGAUACCACAACUUGUGUCAAAAGCAAGUUAAAGCUCAGCUUCCAAGACGGGAGUCUGAAAGAAGAAACCACUCAUUAGCUCGUCAUGCAGACAUCCUUGCUGCUGUAGAGACGAGACUCUCUCUGUUAAAUAUGACUUUCAUGAAGUAUGUGGAUUCCAAUCUCUGUUGCUUCAUACCUGGAAAGGUAAUAGAUGAAAUUUAUCGUGUGCUAAGGUAUGUAAACUCUACAAGAGCUCCUCAGAGAGCUCAUGAAGUUCUUCAAGAACUAAGGGACAUUUCCUCCAUGGCUAUGGAAUAUUUUGAUGAGAAGAUUGUUCCAAUACUGAAAAGAAAGAUUCCUGGGUCAGAUGUAUCGGGACGUCUGAUAGGAACUGCCCCAGUUCCAGGGCCUUCUGCAGCACUGACAACAAUGCAGCUGUUCUCCAAGCAGAACCCUUCAAGACAGGAAGUCACCAAACUCCAGCAGCAAGUAAAAGCAAAUGGCACGGGCUUGACAGCGCUAAAGCGGGAAAUCUCAGAGCUGCGCAUCAAAGUGCAAGAGCAACAGAAGCAACUCCAAGAUCAAGAUCAGAAACUGCUAGAGCAAACCCAGAUCAUAGGUGAACAGAAUGCCCGAUUGGCUGAGCUUGAACGCAAGCUGCGAGAGGUGAUGGAGAGUACAGUAGGAAAUUCUUCAGGUUCUGGCUCAAACGAACAAUCUCCGAGAAAACGGAGGAAGGCGGUUGAAUCCACAGACUGUCCUAGGAAAUCUAAACGCCUUCGAAACAGAAAAUAACGUGGGAGUAAAUGACACCUUCAGGAGGAUACACUGCUUUAGUAGCCCGAGCAGGUCUGCUUGUUGGGAUGCUGUGACUAGCUUCAUGGUGUCACUUAGGCUGCUGGCUCCUCAAAACACCACUUAGACUUGAACAGUAAUUUUCUUUCAAUGAGACUUUUCCCCUGCUUUCUGUAUGGGUGGGCCUAAUGCACAGAAUCUUUAAGAUUUGCAAUAGAUACAUA